UGACGGUUUCCUCAUUACCAUACAAAAGAGACGUCAGCAUUUGUGCAGCUGGCAAAAAUACUGCUGGACGUUUAACUGGCUUAGGAACAAAUUGCGUGUUGUGUUUGGUAGAUCUUUUGUCGUUUCUUACCUAACACAUGACCUGCAAUUUACCCAGUGUACUGGCAGUGGUGGAGGGAGCAAAAGAGGAGAGUUUGCGUCCGAGUGCAAGCGGGGCGGCGAGUGACUGAAGUGCGCCAGGGAGGGAGAGCUGUAUCGGUCAGCCAUGGGUUUCCGAAAGAAGAACAAGAGCCCGGCGGUGCUGAGCCACGAGUUCGUGAUCCAGAAUCACGCUGAUAUGGUUUCGUGUGUGGCUAUGGUCAUUCUCCUCGGCCUGAUGUUCGAGGUGACAGCGAAGUUUGCCAUCACGUUCAUCACUGUCCAGUACAAUGUGACUCAAAGUCUUGAUGAGAGGGCUGAGCCCGUGAACCUGUACCAGUAUGGUCCUAAAGACAUGGCCACUGUGUUCUUCUACCUGCUCAUCGCUGUCAUACUCCACGCCUUAAUACAGGAAUACAUUCUCGAUAAAAUGAAUAGGCGGUUGCAUCUGUCAAAAACCAAACACAGCAAGUUCAAUGAAUCGGGACAGCUUGCUGCCUUCUACUUGAUCUCCUUCAUCUGGGGCUGCAGCAUCUUAACAGCGGAGGAAUUUGCAACAAAUCCUACUUUCCUAUGGGAGGGCUAUCCACACACCCACAUGGUCUUUCAGGUGAAGUUCUUCUACAUUUGCCAAAUGGCCUACUGGCUCCACGCCCUUCCUGAGCUGUACUUCCAGAAAGUGCGAAAGGAGGACAUUCCCCGCCAGCUCUAUUACGUUUUCCUUUACGUCUUCCACAUCACCGGUGCCUACGUCUUAAACCUCCACCGGCUGGGCCUGGUGCUGCUUGUACCUCACUCCCUGGUGGAGCUCCUGUUCCACGCCUCGCGCCUGUUCUAUUUCAGUGACGAGAACAAGCAGAAGGGUUUCACUUUGUGGGCGCUGCUUUUCGUCAUCGCACGCCUCGUCACCCUCACCCUCUCCGUACUGACAUUCGGCUUCGGACUGCCCCGUGCAGAGAACCAGGGAUUUUCACUGGCGGAGGGAAACUUUAAUGUGCUCACCGUUAGGAUGACAUGCCUGGCGGCCAUUUGCCUCACCCAGGCCUGGAUGAUGUGGAAGUUCAUCAACUUUCAGCUGAAGAAGUGGAGGGAGCACAGCCAGAGCCAGGCUUCCAAGGUGAAGGCUAUCAGCCCAAAGAGCAAGCCCCACAAGAAGGACCCAGCCCGGGGAGGUUCUGCCAACGGUGUGCUGAAGUCUGAUGACAAGACAUCGCCACGGGCAAGAAAAGCCUUGUAGAGAUGAAGGGAGAGAACUGAGGGGGCUGCUCUCAAUGUGACACUUUUCACCACUUAACUUACUGUUUGCCAAAACAACCACUUAAGCGCACAAAGAAACUAACUUAACCAUCUCUUGAGUUAGAACCUAGUUUUUAACAGUUCUAUGUUUUGAUGACCUGAUACGUUUGUGUUCAGUCGUUCUUUCUCAGGAUGUAAUAUAGGUCGGGCAUGGUCGACUGGUUAAAUGCUUUAACUGGAUAGAAUGGUCAAAAAGUGUCCUUUUUGGAGAGGACUUCCUAUUGCAUCCAUCUUUAGGGCCUGAUUCUAUCAAACUUGGUAACCGGUUUUAUGAGGAAGUCAAACAAGCACUGUCCAAUUUGCAUUGCAAGAGUGCAUGUCAGGAUUCAUGUUCUCAACUGAACAUGUAAAAGAAAGAGUGGGGAAACGUUGGGUGUAAAGUUUUGCCUUUUACCUGGCUGUUGGUUUCGAUUUGAAUAAGGACCUCACCAUUAACUCCUAAAAGGUGUCUGUUUACAACCUGUAUUGUUACCUGCCUUUUGCCAUAUGAAACCUGGGCUAUUAUGGGAUUGAGGGCACUGUUUGUCAUUACUAGCCCCGUCUCACUGUCAGAUUUACCAACUCUCCAUCAGCCAUCUUCAGACUCAACUGGCCUUCAUCCAGAAAUCUGAACUCCUGACGGGACAUACUGUCUUUAUCCAUGCAGAACUAGAUCUCUUGAGCAAAUAGUGCAUUCAUGUAAGAGUAGGAUUUGUUCAGGUGAGGUUUGUUUGUUUUCAGUUCAGGAUUUCGAUCCAUGAUAUCUUCGUUAACAACGGCGAUCCUUUCUGCGCUCAAGUUAUUGUUAAGCUUCAAGGGUCAUGGUUAGGUUUUGAUGUGCUGUCAUGUUUGAGUUUGCAUAUCUCAGAAGCAUUCAGUGGUCUUUUUUCACAUCUGCUGUAGGUUUUGAGUUAUUUAUUUCAGUCGUAUCUUGCAUUUUUUAUAUCAUGCUUUGGCAACUCUCUAACCAGCAUAGACAAGAGGUACAAAGUGAAACGCUUUGUCUCAGCGCUCAAUCCAAAUGAUACAAUACUCCUUUAAGUGUCCUUAAAAUGUCAGUGGUGCGAGCUGUGAAAUUCUCCUUGGGUUUCCUUUUCUGUUUGCCUUUUUUAUAUCGGGGUAUAUGAUGGCAGGCAGCUGCUUCCGGAAACACCCACCUAUUAUACUGUACGUCCCAUUCUCAGAUGGGAGAGGUGUGUGUUGGUGCGUGUUUGAGCCUUUGUGCAGUGUUACCUGUGGUAAUGCUUCUGUUGCGUCCGUGAGGAAGUGAAUGCUCCACAUGAGUCAUGCUUUCGUCUUUGCUUUUUUUCUUGGUGAAAAAAAACCAAAAAAAAGUUGUUGCUCUUGUGGCAUUAUAGAAUGCGACAGAACCAGUUUAUAGACUUCCCUCAUUUCCUUUUUAAGUCCUCUACCAUGUAUUGAUUUAACCCUUGUUUGUUCAUUUUCUAAAGGCCUUUGUAACGAAGACGAUGAUUGACAACUGAGUAUAUUCUAUAUAAAGUUAGUUGUUGGAUGCUUACAACCUCUGGCCCUUCCUUAACCCUGUCCUGUAUGAAAGAGAUUCUGUGACUUCUGUUUUUCAAAUUUGGGGUGACGGGGGCUUCUUGCUCCACCUUUCCAGUGAUUUGGACACUUGUUAUGUCCUACUGUAGACCCAAUGCUGUUGCCACAAAUAGGCCAGGUUACCAGUCCUGCUAUGGUGAACCAGUGUGCCUAAUCUCAACUCUGCUUCACCAACUUCUCUGACUAGCGUUAUAGUUGGCUGAAGCAUAUACUGGUCUGGGACCAGGCUACUUGUUUGGUAGGUUGCAUAGUGUUUUGUUAUUUUUUUGGCAGGAAGUACUUGAGGAGUCGUGACUAGUUUCGUCCUCAUAACGCUCUAUCUUAAGUUGAGUGUGGAUGACUUGUGUGGCAAUGUCUCUGAGGAGGAAAGGUGGAGCAGAGGACUUUUUCUACCAGUCUGUACAUUACUCUAUCUGAUGUUUAACAUCUACAUGAACCUAAUGCUACACUACAAAAAAUUGUCAUUUUUUUUUUAAAGCAAUUUUUUUAUAGAGUUGAAGAACUUAAAGUUCACCAAUAUUCAGCACACAGAUAUAAAUAUACGAAUAUUAUUUUGCAUCCACAUUGGCAUGUUUUUAUACAUCAAAAGACAAAGCUUGCUCCCCUUUUUAAGUCAGGGUUCACAUUUCAGUUUCAUCAUGUAUAUAUUGAGUAGAGUAAAUAAGAACCACUCUGCCAUAAGAUGAUGCUCAGAAAGCACUAUACGGAAACUGUCUACUGUAGUUUUAUUGUAUUCUACUGUCCAUGGCACUAGGUAGCAAAGCUACUGUUUGAUCAGCAAGGAUCCUGAUAUGUUUGUUCUAAGGUGUAUUUAAAUCAGUUGGUCGUCCUACUCUUGCACUAGCCUGAUCCCAGACCGGUGUGUCUGCUUCAGCCAACUUCUCUACUAGCAUCACAACCAUAGUCAGAGAAGUUGACUAAGAUAUUAGUAUCUGAUCAAGGACCAGGCUAUUGCUGUCCCUGUAAAACAACACAUUUCUCUUCACCUAGCUGGUGCAUGCCACUAAAACAUCUAAAUAUAUACAAUACUUUGAAGUGAUAAUUACAAUAAAGGAAAGAUGAGCAUUUUGCCCUUCAUCCAUUCCUUUAUGAAUUGAUUUGACGUCGUGAUACUGUGUGAGGGGCCAAGUAACAGGAGUUUCUCUAUCCAUGUUAGGACGCGUGCUAACCCUCUCUGAGUUGACUUCUCACUGCUACAACCGCUAUUGAAAUAUACAGUGUAGUGAAGCAUAACACCGAUGGAUGCCGCUGUGUACUGUCAGCAUGUUGGGUUGCAGCCUAGCGCGAGUCUUGACUGCUAUGACCAUUUGCCACCUUACCAGAGAUCAAUGGGCCAACACAAUGCAAAGUCCCAUGCUAAUAGUUUAUUAGUGUAUGUCAGCCCUUUAGGUGGCAACAACCAUUUGCAAAUGCAUCAAUGGGAUGUGUACUCCUUCAUAGCAGCCAGGUACACAGAAAAAAAACAUGGUUAUGGUUCAUGCACUGUCCUUGUUUUGUGUUGUUUUGCUGCUUGCUUCUAUUUUUUUUUUUUUAAAUGUGUUGUCUCUGAAAUGCUCUGGAAUGUAUUUAUGCAAAAUCUUGGUAUUUCUCAAGUUUCUUUGUUUGUACUUAUUUCAUGUUUGAAUAAAGCCUUUGAUUAUCUGGA